GGGCCUGGAUUGCGGAAGGUAAAAAAAAUCAGCCUCCUGGGAACUAGCUUGACAUGUGACAGCAAAUUGUAUAUCUAUGGUGCAAUGUCAGUCGAAUCAAUCACCUCACAAUCUAUGGUCAACCUUGCACACAUCGAUCUGUCUAAACCGAGAUAUGACCAGAGUUCAUACAAAGGAAGGAUGAAGCAUUUCUUUGAGACUGCAAAUCCAUUGACGAUCUUUGCCAGUAAUCGUAAGCUCGCUCAGGCAGCGCAGUUGGUUAAAACCCACAAGAGAGGAGAAACCCUAAACAGUACAACUGAGGAUGAGCUAUGGAGGGCCAAAAUACUUUAUGAUUCUGCUUAUCAUCCUGAUACUGGGGAAAAGAUGUUCUUGUUGGGCAGGAUGUCUUUUCAGGUUCCUGGCAAUAUGACAAUUGUUGGGCUCAUGAUGACCUUCUACAAGAAUACAGGAGCAGUGAUAUUUUGGCAGUUCGCUAAUCAAACCUUUAAUGCUAUCGUGAACUACACUAACAGAAGUGGAAAAGAUAUCAUCACACCAAGGCAGGUUCUUGUGCCUUAUCUAGCAGCAACAUCUGCAGCCACCAUCACUGCACUGACUCUGAACAAUGUUGCAAAGAAAAUGCCUCCACUUAUUGGAAGAUUUGUUCCGUUUCUUGCUGUGGCAGCAGCCAACUCUAUAAACCUCCCCCUCAUGAGACAACGAGAACUCAAAACUGGUGUUCCGAUCUAUGAUGAGGACAACAACUAUCUAGGAAUGUCGACGAAUGCUGCCAGGAAAGGAAUCUCUUCUGUAAUUUUUUCAAGAAUUGUUAUGGCUUCACCAGGGAUGGUAUUUCCACCAAUUUUAAUGAACGCUCUGGAAAGAAGAGGAACUUUUAAGAGAAUACCGUGGUUGAAUGCACCACUUCAAGUUCUGCUUGUUGGAUUGUGUCUUGUUUUCGCCACACCACUGGGCUGUGCAGUAUUUCCUCAGCAGAGCUCUAUAAAUGUCGAAAGCCUAGAAACACACCUCAGAAACAAGCUUCAGAAAACACACCCUUCUGUGAAAGAGGUGUAUUUCAAUAAAGGAUUGUGACUUUUUACGACGGCUAGGUGCAUGCAUUGUGUAUAGCAUAGACGUAUAGAUCACAGAAUGAACAAUGAAAUGUAUGUUCGAGAUGUAUGUUCUUUUGCUGCAUGUUUGUCUUUGUCAUGAAAUUAUGUUCAUGGGA